ACCUCCUGAACGUAUAGUAAAAUAAGAGUAGAAACCUAUCGAAUUUUUCUUUGGAAGCGCGUGUUUUAAAGAGGGGGGUGAGAAAGGAGGAGGGGAAGAGAAAGAAGGCCGCUUCCGAUGGCGUGACGUCACACACUUUCUCCAUUCGUUUUAAUUUUUUUUCUUCAGCGUAUGAGGAUAUCAGUUGGUGAUGGGCAAAAUAUGAUUCGAUGUUUAUUUCGAAAAAUGGGAGGAAUAGAUUAAACGCCAAGGGAAAAAAGUCUUGUUCCCUUUGCUCGCGCUGGCUCCCUCUCUUCAUCUUGGCCCCCCCUCGCCGAUUCGUCGUCAGCCAAUAGGAAGCGAGAAUUUUCGCGCUGAUUGGCUUCGUUGAAGAAGAAGGAGGAUGAUGAGGAUGAGGGAGUGAAGGAGUUACUGUACUCAUUGAAAGUACAGUAACCUCCGUUCGUGAGGAUGCGCCCAUAACAGUGAUUUGAAUUUGGCAACAUCGGGAGAGCAUGGCUCAGCCCUGUCGACUUCCAAAGAAUGUAAUUGGGAGUUCCCAGUCAAUGGCACAGGAAUUGCUUAAUCCCAUUUCUAUAAAACAAGUUCCAGAGAUCCUCGGUAUUACUAAUAAGAAGACUCAAAAUGGUGAAGUAGAUUCUGAGCUCUCCAUAUUGACUGACAAAGCUGUCACACCUUUAUCAGCAGCUCUUCAGGAUGGAGUCAUACAUCGAUUAAAUGGACAUGAUGCAACUACUGCUUGCCGGUCAUCAGACAAAUUAAAGGAUUUAACCUCUCUUAUGUUAAAUGGAGAUUCUGGCAUGCCAAAUGUAGUGGAAGAAUCGCCAUCUCCACAUGCCUCUUCUCCAGUUGAAUGCUCUACAGAAAAUAGAGGGAAUAAAACACCACCUCGAACAACACCUAAAAAGAGUGGUUCACCAGAAAUUAAGUUGAGAAUUACUAAAACAUAUUUGAAUGGAAAGCCGCUUUUUGAAUCCUCACUUUGUGGAGAUCUUCAGAUAGGUGACUUUGAGUCUACACGGCAGGAGCAACAAGAGAAAGAUGAAGAGCAAGAAAAAAAUCAAGACAAACGGAAAAGAAAGAAAAGUGUGAAGUAUGAUGCAUUGCUUGAACAAAGUCUUUCUGAGCUGGCAUUUGUAUCCAAGACAUCCAAUUCUCCUGAUGAACGAGUAAAGGUUGAAGAAGACAAAGUGAAUGAAGAAGAUAAAGAUGAAGACACCAAGGAGAAGGAUGUGCCAGUGAAAUACAAUGUUGGAGACAUGGUGUGGUCAAAAGUAUCUGGUUAUCCUUGGUGGGCUUGUAUGAUUUCCUCAGACCCUAUCUUGGGUACCCACACAAAAGUAAAAGUUGUGAGUAAGUCUAUUUGUCGCCAGUACCAUGUCCAGUUUUUUGGAGAAGCUCCAGAAAGAGCCUGGAUUUUUGAAAAGAGUAUGAUACCCUUUUUAGGUGCUCAUCAGUAUGAUGAGUUAAUCCAGGAGAGUGCCAAACAUGCAAGUUCAAAGGCAGAGAAAAACAAGCUCCUAAAACCAAUUCCUGCCAGAAUUCGCCUUCAAUGGGAUAUAGGCAUUGCACAAGCUGAAAAGGCACUGGCAAUGACCCCUGAGAAUCGAAAAGCUAAAUAUACCUUUGUUUAUGAUUGUGAUCGUCCAUUAUUACCACCUCAGGUUGCAAAAGAGGCUGGUGUUCCUGUUGAACUUGUAGAGAACAGGAAGUGGCCAACUGAAGAUUUGCCAGCUCCAAAAGACAAUCUCUCAAGCAGUAAAGGAGCAAGGAGAAGAAAUGGCGCACCAAAUAAAAGGCGCUGUUCAAAAGGAUUUGAAAGUAAGAUCCCUGCAAAAGAGUGUUUAACUAGGACUGUGGAUUCUACUGAAGGUUCUGCUCAAAGUUAUUCAACUGACAGGACAUCUUGUAGAUCAUCAGAUUCUGAGAGUUGUGCAAGUUCCCCCAUGGCUAAGCGAAAACAUGGAGUAGCCAGUCAGCGGACCAGGAAGUGUGACACCGUCCUUGCUCAGUUCAUGGCCUUCUGUCAGAAACACAGAGAUGAGUUAACUGAAGAACGUCCAGAUGCUUCUGCUGAGGAGAUUGAGGAGUUGCUUGAGUCUCAGUGGGCUUUGCUGAGUGAUAAACAGCGAGCACGUUACAAUACCAAGUUCUCUAUAGUUACUCCGGUUACAGAGCACAAAUCACCUUCAUCAGGUUCAGGUUUUUCAACAGGAUCACCUGGGCCCACUAGACGCAGGGUUCUACAGGACUCUCCAAAAAGAACAACUAGAUCUAGUGUGACCUCAGAAUCAACUAGACAAAGAAGGAUAUCCAGAAAAGUAAUAGAUUACAGAGAGGACUCCCCAGAGCGGAUCAGCACCAGUAAGAGAUUAAAGCGAAGCUAUCAUGAGGAUGAAAAGUAUGAUUUCAGUAAAACCGAUCAGGCAGAAGCAAGUGGAAGUGAUGGUAUUGAGACUGGAGAAACAUUGCCCACUUAUACCAACACAUCCCAAAGCAGUCAAUCAGAAAUAAGCAAACUCUCUGAUGCGUGUAAACCACUGAAAAAACGAAGCAGAGCAUCAACUGCUGAGACUCUGGUGCCAGCUGUCAGCAAGAAUCCAUCUCCUCUAACUGUAUUAACAGAAAAUGAGACAUCAUUUGAUGGACAACAGGAGUCGGGAGAUGAAAGUGCAGAUGAGACUCCAACAGAGGUUUCAUCUGUAUCAUCCAAAAAAUCGCAAGGAGAACGAGGGGGCAGUGGUGCAGCUAGGAAAGAAGGAGUUUGUCAGGUGUGUGAGAAUUCUGGAGACCUGCUCUUUUGUGAGGGACAGUGUUAUGGGGCAUUCCACUUGGCUUGUCUUGGGCGGUCUAAAUUACCUCAAGGCAAAUUUAUGUGUAGGGAAUGCACAUCAGGUAUUCACACUUGCUUUGUUUGCAAGAAGAAUGGGCCUGAUGUUAAGCGUUGUAUUGUUCCUCUGUGUGGAAAGUUCUACCACGAAGACUGUGUCAGAAAAUACCCUCCAACUGUGUUCGAAAACAAGAGAUUUCGAUGUCCCCUGCACACUUGUAUCAGCUGUCAUGCCAUAAAUCCCUCCAACCCUAGGCCAACAAAAGGGCGAAUGAUGCGUUGUGUUCGAUGUCCUGUGGCCUUUCAUGGAGGGGAGACCUGUAUUGCAGCUGGGUCUGUGAUUCUGACAGCCAACAGUAUCAUUUGCACCAAUCAUUUUUCUCCAAAGAAGGGUUAUACACAUCAUGCUCAUGUCAAUGUUAGCUGGUGUUUUGUCUGUUCAAGAGGGGGAAGUCUAUUAUGUUGUGAGUCCUGUCCUGCAGCAUUUCACCCAGAAUGUCUUAACAUUGACACCCCUGAGGGGAGUUGGUUUUGCAAUGACUGCAAGGCAGGCAAGAAGCCACGCUACAAAGACAUCAUCUGGGUAAAGCUUGGAAGCUACAGAUGGUGGCCUGCAGAAAUAUGUCACCCAAGGAACGUUCCUACAAAUAUUCAAAAUAUGAAACAUGAGAUUGGCGAAUUUCCUGUUCAUUUUUUCGGAUCAAAUGACUACUUUUGGACCCACCAGGCACGUGUAUUUCCUUAUGUGGAAGGCGAUAAGGGAAGCAAAGACAACAAAAUAAAAGGCCUCAGCAAGGCCUUUAGAAAAGCUUUAGAAGAGGCAGCAGAACGCUUUCAGGAUCUUAAAGCUCAGAGGGAAACCAGGGAAGCACAAGAAAAUGAACGCAAUGGGAGAAAGCCUCCGCCAUAUAAACACAUAAGGGUCAAUAAGCCAUUUGGCAAAGCACAAAUCUACACAGCUGAUAUUUCAGAAAUCUCGAGAUGCAACUGUAAACCAACUGAUGAUCAUCCUUGCGGUCUGGAUUCAGAGUGCCUGAACAGAAUGUUAAUGUACGAAUGCCAUCCUGCUGUAUGCCCAGCUGGUGCACGAUGCCAAAACCAGUGUUUUAGCAAAAGGCAGUAUCCUGAGUCACAAGUUGUCAAAACUGCUGGAAAAGGCUGGGGUCUCAUUACAAAGACUGACAUAAAGAAAGGAAUGUUUGUUAAUGAAUAUGUGGGAGAGGUAAUAGAUGAAGAUGAAUGCAGAGCAAGAAUACGGUUUGCACAAGAACAUAACAUUGCCAAUUUCUACAUGCUCACUAUUGACAAGGAUCGAAUAAUAGAUGCUGGGCCUAAAGGGAAUUAUUGUCGCUUCAUGAACCACAGUUGCCAACCCAAUUGUGAGACACAAAAGUGGACAGUGAAUGGAGACACUCGAGUUGGGUUGUUUUCUCUCUGUGAUAUCUCAGCAGGGACUGAACUCACCUUUAAUUAUAACCUAGAUUGCCUUGGCAAUGAGAAGACAGUAUGCAGGUGUGGUGCACCAAACUGUAGUGGUUUCCUAGGGGUCAGACCCAAGAAUGCAAGCAAUGGUUCAGAUGAUAAAGGAAAAAGGCGGAAAAAGAAAAUUAGAAAACGCAAGUCAAAGAAUGAAGGCAAAAAAGCACAUGAGGAUGAAUGUUUCCGCUGCAGAGAUGGAGGGGAGCUUGUACUGUGUGAUAGAAAAGCAUGUUCAAAGGCAUAUCAUUUGUCCUGCCUUAGUCUUACAAAGCCUCCAUUUGGAAAGUGGGAAUGCCCAUGGCACCACUGUGAUGUCUGUGGAAAGCCCUCUGUUGUGUUUUGCCAAUUUUGCCCCAACUCUUUCUGUAAGGAUCACGAGGAAGGUACAAUGUUCAAGUCCACAUUAGAUGGACUUGCUUGCUGCUGCGAACAUGACCACUGCAACAUGGCGGAACCUCUCGAACGAUGCAAAAACCUGGACAUCUAUCCUUCUCCGAAUGAGACAGUUAAAUUGGAGUCCAAGAACCCCAAAACCAGCAAUCGUACACCAGUAAACAAAGCACAGUGAAUUUACUUGAACUGUAGACACUGUUGAUUGAUGUAUACUACCAAUGACAUUCUUCACAGAUUGUCACACAAGAACUCUUUGCAGGAAAGGACAUUCUUGAUUCCACUGAGCCAUCUCCAGCAGUUCCUAACUGCAUCUGCACUGAUAACUUAAAACUGUGGCUACGUAACUCAGCAACCAGCACAGCAAAACUACACAGCAUUACAUUAACACUGGGAAUCUUCCUCCUAUUGAACAAUGAAAAUAGGAGAAAAAAAUUAAAGAUCAAAAUACAAAUUGGUAUUGAAACUAGAGAUUAAUAGCAUUUAUGAAUCAUUAAGUGUUAUCAAUAUGAUACUUAAAAUGACACUAUUAGUUGCUCUUCAUUGUGUUUAUAUGCGUUAGUGUAGUUUACAUUGAUAGUUCAGUACCUUUUGUAACCCUGAUGGUCAUUAUUGCAGUGCAUAAUCACUCAUGUUCAACAUUUUAAAGUAUCUUCAGGGCUUUUGAACUGUUAAAUGUGUGACCACAGGGACUGAAACUGUAUUACUGCGGCCAGUAAAUGCAGCAGUUGAGGGUCUUUUACUGGAAAAUUUCUAGUCAGUUUUUUUUAUUUAAACCAACUAUAACAGCAAAUACAAGUUCUGUUUAGUCAGAUAUGUACCAAACUGUGGACCAUGUUCACUUUAAUUGAAAAUGUUUAGAUUAGUGUUCAUGUGUUACCUCUUGUUUUCAUUCUUGUUCAUCCUCUAGAGGUUCCAUUAUCUUUUAAACUUUUGUCCUUGCAACAUCACAGGAUAAAGAUACCAACUGCAUAUAGAUUCAAGACACGUAACAUUUAACUUCACGUUGUCCAAGGCGUUGUUUGCAGAAUUUGAUCUUAAUAGUCUUAACAUUUUAUACACCAUCUAUUCCCAUAACACUGUAGCUCCAGCAAAGGUCCAAGAGUAGUCCAUUACACAUUGGAGGGCUUUAGAUUAAGUGGUUACGUUUAUUUAUCCCAGAUGUCAACAAAGAAUGUCGUGUUAGCUUUAAAUGUACCUUAUUGUGUGAUUAGAAUAUUGUCAAUAAUGUUAUCCUGUGUCUUCAUUCAGUAGCAGUGGUUACUCAUAUUGAGAAUACCUUAAGGGAUGGUAAAUGAAAUUCAUGUGGUUGGUGUGAGAGUAAAAUGUGUUUCAUGACUGAAUGAUGGUAGAGCAGGUUUUCAUCUCACUGAGUGUGAUUUCCCAUUCCUGCGAUAUUAUGUCAUCUUGCAUCAGUGCAGAUAUUCUUUCUCUUACUACAGUUUACAUCAUGAUGUUUGGAUUCACUGAGCACAUAAUCUAAAUCUUCAAAAUCAGAGCUGAAGCCUCUGUUACUAGUUCACACAGAAUAUCAGGUUAUUAGGAAAUAGAAUUUUUCCCUGCUUAACUCUGCAUGCUUCAGGGAGAUUAGUACACUGCCGUAACACCAGUAAAAUUUUGUAUAAUAAUUCAGAUGUUGAAAAGCUACUUUUCCAUUUGUGUAGAUGAACAUUUUUUUUACAUUAAUUACUGAGAAGUUCCUAAUGCAAUGAAAUAAUAAGAUUAAGGGGAAAAUAAUUGGCAUGGUGCAGUUUAGCAAAAUGAUUAAUCAGAAAUCCAGCCAAAAUUAUUCAAAUUAUUCUGACUUUUGAACUCAGUGGCAUUGUUCACUUUUCAGCUGACAACCUAAUGAAUUUCAUUUUCUUUGCCUUUGGAAAUAAUUUCAAAUUAUGCCCCUCACUUGUGAGGGGCUACAUGUGUUAUAACUAUGUUGUACAAAUGUGUACCUGGAAAUUAGCCUCUGAUUGUAAUAUACAACUUGCUAUUGUCAACACAUUGUAUUCUGCCUUUGAAAUUAAUUCCAUUGCAUUGAAUAGAAUGAAUUCUGGAGGCAGAGUAGAACAUGCUAAUUUGACCAUAUAGCAUAUUUAGCAAUACUGCCCAAGGGUUUAAUUUCUAGGAAAUCUUUUAAGUCCCUAUGUGUGUAGCAAAUGUUUAUACUCAGUACAUACUGACUUGUAGUAAGUAAAUUUAAAUCUUGAGAAUUAAGUGCUGCAUUUAUAUAUAGCAAGCUCAAUGGGUAGAAUUUAGCUUAUACCCAUAAAAUAGUUUCAAGUUCUGGGUGAAGGAGGUAUGAAUAAGAUGUUUGAAAUGGGUACUUCUAAUUUGAAUCCAGCUGUGAGUGAAUUGAUUGGAGUUAAUUUACAGGGUACUUGAUUGUUUUGGGAUAAAAGUGUCCCACUAUGUAUUGUGCCACAAAAAUGGACUCUGCUGUCCUAGGAUUCCCUAGUGACUCCAACAGAGCAACCUGAACCAGAUCCCAAGGCACUUGAAAACUAGAGACAAUGCCCUUAAACCUAAGCCUAGUAAUAAGCCUAAUGUCAAAGAUACAUUGAUCAUCAUUGGCCAUAAUGUGCAAUAUCUAAAUAUAUGGUUAAAAGUGUGCAUGUGCAAUUGGCAUGAGAAGCAGACCUGAAAUCAUCUAUUCAUAGUGGAUGGAAAAUUUGGGCAAAUGUGAAUCAUGGUAAUGCACUGAGUAGUUACCAAUACGAUUUCUCUGUUUUUUUUUGCUCAGGUAUUAAAAAUGGCUUGAUUGUUGAGUUCAAGUAGUAAGCUAUUGCUGUCACCUGUCUGCUGAGGAGAAAUAUUAGAUUCCCAUAAGAGCAGAGGGUAAAUACACAGGAAGGCCUUGCAAGUCUCUACAUUUUAUGGGUAUAAAAAUAGGUACAAUGAAGCCCAGUUUUUAGGAAUUAAUAAUAUCAGACUUCUGGAAUAGGUGCUUAAAUUGGGUUUAUGGCCUUCUUUAUGUGUGGAUGAAGUACCCAAUAUCAGUCUUGGAUUUCACAAAUGACAACAGUCAGGAGAUAGGCAUUCAACUUCUACCAUUUUGGGAUUCUUCACUAUGUCAAGGUCGGUAUAUGAGGGCAGGGGGAAUUAGAGUAGAGAUAGGAAUUUUGAUGGUGAUACAUCUUACAUAGUCAACUGUGGGCUGAAAAAUGACUUCAAAUUCACUUUCACUGUAGGUGAUACUGGGUGAUACUUUGUCCAAUGCACAAAAUCCACUCAUAGCUACUGCCACUAAAAUAGGAUGCCAGUUUAUUGCAUGCAGUUCAAAUUACUGCCUUGAUCUAAUUUCACUUUUACAUACUUGACCUCACCAGUUAUUGAAACUUACAACUGAUCAUUUUGCAAAAUUGAAAUUAAGAAUUGGUUUAUUUAGAAAGGGUUAUGGUAUAAUUUCUUCAACUCAUCUGUACAUGUUUAAAUCAACCAGGUAACAAUUACAUGUCUUGAAUUCAUAAUCUUAUUGAUGGGACAUUGCGUAUUGAAGCUGCUGUAUGCUUUUGACUGUGCACACCUCAACAAGAUUUUAUUUUUUAAGUUUUGUAUUAAAAGACUUGGAUACCUAGAAUUGCAACCCAUCAUUUAACUAGCAGUCUGACUUCAUGACCAAGUACAAAGUUACCAUAAAGAUGGGAUUUGGUUUUUUAAUCCUUCCUUCUGAACCAUUGCUCCUUUUUUGGUAUAAAUGAAACUGAGCCAGAAGAAUUUGUAGUACCAACAAUGUACUAAAUGAUGACAUGAAUAGUAACAAAUCUUGUGGUAAAGAUAAACUAUUGAAAUAGGCACAUAUGUCAGAAAGUCAUUACGGAAAGUUAUGAAGUGAUGCAGUUUGGAAAAGUGAAUGAGAGAUGGCACAAAUUAAAGAUUACAAUUGUUUUAGGAACAGAAUUGGGAAUUCAAACAAAAAACUAGCUGAACAGUUGCUAUUUCAAAAAUAAUUGAGUCCUUAGAUUUAUAGGAGAUAGAGUGCUGAAAGGUAAUUGUGCUACGUAUUGAGUGGUGCUUACACUCCAACUGAGGUAAUGCAUCCAAUUCUAAAAACUAUCAAGACCUUGAAGGGAAGCAAAGAUAUUCCAGAAUGCUAUCACAGGAAGAGAAGUAGAGAAUGAUAAGGGAAGAGGGAGCUUUUUAAUACGGUUAUAACAACAGGGCAAAUUUAAGGUGACUGAAGUACCAAUGCAAAAGGGAAAUUUUAAUCCAUUGAUAUGUCCUUGGAAAGUGUGGUAGGAAGAAAUCAAAGAAUAAUCAAAGGAAAUAUUUGCGAGUAUACAGGUAUAUUGGAAAAGGUAGCUCUUUCAAAGAACUGGCAUGGGUAUAAUGUAUCAGAGUGUCUACACUGAAGAGUUCUAGUUUAUCACAGAUUAUACACACUACAAAUGAGCCACUUUCAUACUUCUUACAUUUCAACUCUGGUACCCAGCAAAUCACUAAGCCUGCCAAUUGGUACUUUUGCUCUUAUUUUCAAAAUGAAGAGUAGGAGCCAAUACUUUUGGUACAUAUAAAAGCAGUAGUUAACUUGCAUCACUAAUUGAAUUAAAGUUUUCUGAUGAUCUACAUUUAUUGAUUGUAAUUUAAAUCUACUGGAACUCUUAAGAAAGUUAACACUGGCAGAUGAACUAUAUACUGACCACAACAGAUUUCAAUCUUCAUAAGGUAUUUAAUAUUUGAUAUUGUGAGCUGUUGUGGUUUUAAGUUGAUUUGAUGGAAGCCCUUCACACCAGACAGAUGUAGAAUAAUUUUCUUUAUCUCCCCCCGCUCCCCCCAUCCAAUGCACCACCACAGCUCCCUUAUUUUACACCAUAUUCCCUUGAAAGGGUUUUUAGAAAACAUGUUAAUAAAAAUACACAGUCCAAAAAAUGCAGCUACUUUAAAAUAGUCCAACGGAUAAAGAGAAUAUUUAAUGAGAUAGAUAAAAUGUUCCGUUACUAAGAAUUGUAUGACUAGGUUCAAAAAGGAAUAAUCAAUAAAGAAAUAUUUUCAUCACCUUUGUGGGAAAUUCAAAGUGAUUAAAUUUGAAAUGUAGGCAUUUUUGGUUGGUUUAUAUUUGCAUUCUUAGGUGGUCUGAGCUGGUAAAAUAUAUAUUGAGAGCUGAGUUGAGCCAGUAACAUGUCUUUCAUUCAAUUACUGUAAAUUUAAAAGAUCCACAUUUUCUUCCUGCCUGAAACGACGUAGGUGGGCAUUUUAUAUUGUUUACCUACACACAGUAGUUGAAAUGUGGUUGAUUAUGCUGAAGACCAGUUGAUCUGGUGGUCUUUCUUCCAUUUUAUACUAAACACUCUUAUUACAGGGGAGAAAAGUUUUUUAUAUAAUGAUUCACCCCAUGGAUUAAAAUUUUUGAGUUUUGGGCUACAAUUGAAGGGCAUUAACUAAACAUCAGAAACUUCCUAGCUGUUGUUAUGACUAGUUUCUAGGAAUAACUGGUACAGCUUGUCAAUUGAAUCAUCCCCCUCGAGAUUCAUAGAAAUAAAGCUAGCCCCAUGUUCCAUUUACAUUACUGAAAAAAUUACAAUGAUCUCAGAAUAAUUAGUAACUUUCUUUAAUAUGGUCUGUCUCAGACAAAAACAAUUUUUGAAGCAGAAAAUUAAUCGGCUUUCUGAUAGCUUAGAAUAGAUGAUAUUCAUGCCAACAGGAGGGCAAGAUUGCACUGAGCUGCUGUUCCAGUAAAUGGGAAGGAGAUGGGUACAAAAGGAAAGUUAGAGAAUAUGAUAAAGUUCCUUUACAAAAAGAUAAUUAAAGCAAUUAAUUUUAUAAAGAAUAAGCUAAUUACACCUUUUGAGCCUGCUCCAACAUUUGACAAGACCUGGCUAAUUCAACCUUGGCUUCAAAAGCUUCCUCCCCACUCUCAUGACGCUUGCCAACCUUACAGUUUAAAUGCCUCUACCCUAAGUUUAUUUAAUAAUGUUCCCUUAACAGUUUUGGGGCAGAGAAUUACAAAUAUUUCCAACUCUCAAAUUUCUUCAUGUCUCUACCUGACAUUUGAGACCCCACAAGAGAAAGCAUCUUCAUACUCAACCUUAUCAAUUUUAUCCUUCAAUUAACUCACCUUUCAAUUGUCUACAGUAUAUUUCACUAGGUAAUUGACUUAUAUUCGACUUUAUAAGUGAUCCCCUUUACAGCAGAAAUCAACUUGGUGCUCCUUUUCUACACUGCCUCUAAUACAAGCAAAUCCUCUCUAAGUAAGGGGCCAAGGCUAUGUACAGUACUAUAGGUGCACCUGUAAGCUUGCAUCAAAGCAUCCUUUUAUCGCAACUAGUAUGGACUACAAAAGCCAACAUACCAUUGGUCUUUCUAACCACGUGCCAGCCUAAUCCAUUUAUAACACAAAAUGAGUUAAAAAUCAAAGUAAGGUGCAAAAUAAUUUUAGCAGAUAUUAAGCUACAGCAAAGAGGGAUUAUUUAAAAUGUUUACUUUGCAAAUAAAAUUAACAGGCUAGACCAUUAUAGAGUGUCUUAAUGCUCUUUUCUUUUCUUUAACAGGUUCAUGGAAUUACUUGAUGGAACAAACUUUUAAUGGAUUUCAAGGAACUUGGCAGAAAAGUGUUUUGAAGUUGUAAAUGCACCAGUGGAAUGAUGUAAACAGGGGUGAGAGAUGGAUCAAAGGUCUGUCCUUAAAAACUACCUAGUUUCCAAGCAACAUAUGCAGUGUGUAUCUAAGAUCAAUCACAAACAGAAUAGAAUCAUCUGUUUGUGAGGUUUAAUGUUCAUUUUAGAAAUGCCUGCUAUGGUGGCAUAAUGCUGCAUUGUUGGUGCAAAGUAGAUCAUCUAGUAUUUCUUAGGAUCAAUUGUUUUAGUUUUCUGACUUCAGUGUCUGGAUUUAACACCAUACAUUUUCCUCAUACCCAUCUUUCAGUACGGCAUGGACUAGAAGGGCCGAGAUGGCCUGUUUCUGUGCUGUAAUUGCUAUAUGGUUAAAUAACUCAUUCACUCAGUAUUAAAGAAUUGAUCUAAAAAGAAUCAACUGCAGCUUUUCAAAAAAAUCCAGAGUUCUCAGUGGGAAUAAACAUUUCCCAACUUCACUUAGCCUGUCCCUUACAAUUAACUGUUGUUGGUCAACCUACAUGACAAACAAAAAUUCAUGCCUACCUUCUAUGCUGUAACUAACUAGCUUAAUUUAAUAUUGUCCUUCGUAAUUUUCCAUGGCUAUUGAGGCCAUUUUACAUGCUGCUAUUUUUUUCUCCAUUUAGAAGCUACCCUAUUCUAUAUUUUUAAGUAUUUGACUGAAAGCUUUCUACAUUGAGAUAAAAUUUUGUUUUAUCACUCUUUGUAAUGGAUUACUUGCAGGAUCAUUCUCAGACUAGGAUAAUUCAUUCCAUCCCUAACAUCCAAGUAAUUUAUAUUUAAAAGGUUGCAGCCUCACUACAAUCUUUUGCAACCCCAGUUACAUCCUCCUAGUUUUCCUUACUUUCUUCUCUGGGUCAAUAAAUAGUAUUCUGAUCUUAAGGUUUAUCUUUAACUAACCAGCAUCUUGGGAGGCAUUUUGCCAAAUUCCUUCUGGACAUCCAUAAUAGUCCAAGGACAAUUCAUUGCAGCUUGAUUAAGUUUGAAUUUUAAAGAUACAUAAUUAGUUAAACUUAAGUUAUUCUUCACUCACUUAAAAAAAAAUUGUAAUGAACCCUUGGAAAUGUUAUUUUUCCCCCUCUUAUUAGGAAUAUUUUAUACAAAUUGGUGAAUAAUCUGAUUUCUGACCCCCGUACUGGGAGUGAAAGUCUUCCUUUUUCUAGAACUUUAGAAAUAUGAUUACAACAUCUGUAUUCUCCUUAUCCUGGCCUGAAAUUCAAUUAACCUCUGAUGGAUGCUAUUCCGUAAUCUUAUUAUUUCCACUUGUAAACCUUGUGUUAAUUUUGGAGGUAUUAGUGUUCUGAUUCACCACUGAUAUCUUUUGGCAAUGUCUAUAAAUCUGUGCUCUUUCAAGUGCUACAACUAUUGAAUGUUACUUACUGCUUUUACACGGUUGCCCUCAGAUCACAUCCAUAGAAAUUCAGAACCAGAAUAGGCCAAACAUGACAAUUGUCUAAAUUUCUAGAAGCAGCAUGAUCCGUUUGAAGUUUAAACAGAUUUUACUAUCAAAACUAUCCUGUACCAAUUCUCCUUCAAUACCCACUCUAUGUAUUGAUCAUUCACUGAAACAUGUGAAAGAAUGGGCCUUCUGCAAUCCUGUUUA